AUGUCUACCAUCUCCUCGAUGCCCCCUUCGACCCCAGAGGUUGCCUCUGGUCUCCCCGAGAGCACUCAACCAGGUCUCUACUUUAUCAUCCGUCGCCGAAAUGCUCUCGUUCCUCUUCCUUUGCUUCCUCCGCUCCCACCAAAUGCCGUCGUCACCAACGUACGCGUCGUGCACAACUACAGCGGCCCUCUUGGUGUCUCGACGAGCACCGUCAAUGUUACCGUCAACACUGUCGAGGAGAAGCAAGUCCCCACUGAUGAGGAAGAGGAGGUCAAGGAACCUGUUGUGACUGUCGAAAAUGGCGAACAGACUAUCACUGUUCUUUCCACUGCCCCUUCGUCUCCCACCUCUCCAACUUCUCCUACGAGCCCCACCAGGCGCUCCUCUUUUUUCUUCUCGUCCAAAAACAAGUCAUCCAGCAAACGCCCACGCCACCAGCGCCGCCGCUCCUGCCCUGCGCCCGCCCGCGCUAGUCCUCCGGCCAAUGCCACCUCGUUCCCGACACCUUGCGUUCCUCCGCGUGCCAAUACAACUCCAGCGGUUGUUACGCUAUCCUCGGUAGAAGAGAGCAAGGAGGGAGCUACCGCAGAGCCAGAGUCGCCAAAGCCCAAAAAGGGUUCCAAGAAGACUAUCAAGACCACGUCGAUCACUCUCGACGCGCCGUAUAGCCUCUUUGGUGGCCCUCGACGCCCUCGUUCGACCGUUAUCGUCGAUGUGCGCUUGGUCGAUGUCCCGAAUGUUCCAGAGGCUAGCCAGGCAGCACCUACGUCUCCUCCUGCGUCGUUGUCUCCUCCGCCUACGAUGCAACGUGCUCGUCUAGGCCCCUUGUCGAUGCCGCUUUCCCUCAGAAAGCCACGCUUUGCGCAUGUGCGAACGACACCAGUCUCUCCCUCUGCUUACACUGACAACGCCAACACUAUUGUCAAGCGUCCUCUUCUCAGGCGCAUGCCUCAUAUUUCGCCACCACCUCGACCUGCCCCGACGACUCAGCCUCCUCGUCGCCCAACCGAGGCACCCGCGAAGCCGGCAAUGUCAACCCAGGCUAUGCCAGCAAGGCCAGAGUGGAAUCGUCCCCGUGUGAGCAGUCUGCUCGUUACGGCUCCCGUUGUGACGUUGGACUGUGCCCGUGAGGAGGACCAAGAAAUGACACCUGUCCUUCGUGGAAACCGUGCCGCGCUUCACCUUGCUCUACCAGGUCGCAUCAUCUCUUCUUCUCGCAAGUUUAGCCCUCGUCCCUUUGAUGUCCAUGGCGGCAUUCAAAUGCGCAUGACUCCUGUCCCGAGCCGUGCCCCCCGCAAGACUGGGUCGAGACUUGCUAUGCUCCGCUGGGCCGUUCUUAACCAGAGCGGCCCAGAGGUUGGCAGGCGUAUCCUCAGUGUUGGCGUGAGGCUCGCUCAGGAGAUCUGGGAGGCUGAAAAGCUCGUCGAAGACGAAGUUUCCCACUCAUCUGCGACCCCUGCAAGACAAGGAGGCGAGGUUAUCAAGCACUGGUUCGAGGACGACGAGGACGAAAUGGAUGUACAGCCAUCCUUUGCCGUGUCCGAAGAAGCCUCUUCUUCGGCUGAGAAUGCUUUGUCGUCCACGCCCAAGGUCGACGUGGAACUUGCCUUGGAACGUGAGCGUAUUGCCGAAGAGUGCAUCCGCGAGCUGGAGGAUAUGGAAGUCGACGGACUCCACGGUAUCACCACGGGUGUCUCUUUAUCGACCUCUGCUACACAAGAUCUGGUAACAGAGACUCAAGUCGUGACAGAAACCUCUGCGCAGCCUACCUCUCCGUCUAUUCAUUCCUUUCGGACCAACGUUCAUGGAGUCGCUUUGGCCGCUCCUACGACCACGUCUGCCUGUUCUACCGUCUCUGAAUCUCCAUCCAGUGUCCAGGUUGAAGAAAUGGUGGACGUGGUUACAGAAAUUGUCGACUCGUAUCGUCAUUCUGCCGGCGUUGUCGAUCGUGACAUCUCGACUGCCACUAUUCAGCAGGUGGACAGUGACGUCUCCAUGAGCGACCCUGCGACGCUUUCUGUGGUCUCAGGGGCUCCAAAGGUCUCCUCCAAAGGUCUCCAGACCACCGUCGACGUCAUCAUAACCGACAUGGCUGAGCACGACCACCAAAUUCGCGCGGCGGAUUUGGAUUCAGAUGGAGAUACCACGGAUGCGUCGGAAGAUAGUUCGUCUGGCGAUACAUCUUCGGAUGACUCUGAUGACGGUUCGUCGGACGACGAACUGCCAACGAUGGACGUCGACGACGACUCUUCCGCAGACUGCGUGAUACAUGGCCCAAUUGCUGAUCAGGACGACGUUCCUCAGUCUUGUCCUCGUGUUCGCCUCCAGUUCCGUCUGUCGUUGGAUACGUCCAUGUUCCCUUCCGAGGCGAACAACAAGGAGGGAAUGAGCGCCGCAAUCUCAGCUCACAACGUGACGAACUGGGUCCUUAACGCGGUCGCUUGA